AUGUGGCGGGAUCGCACAAACCUGUAUAUUUCCUACCGCCAGUCGUUCGCACACCACCCGGCCAAGAAGCCACGCUAUAUCGGCUCGACUAAUGGCUUCACGGACAUUCCGUCGGCAUCGGAGGAGAACCGUAGGCUGAUUCCAGAGACUGGCGGCUUUGACGAUGAUGGAGAUCUGGUGAUCGAAAUGGACCUACUACCGCCGCGCUGGGUGGAUAUUCAGGACGAAGUGACCGAGUUACUGGCGGAUAUUGCGCAAAAGUCUUCCCAACUAGACAAGCUACACCAGAAACAUCUGCUACCGGGAUUUGGCGACGAGGAUGCGCGGAAACAAGAUGAAACGGUGAUUGAGCGACUGACACAAGAGGUCACCCGCGCAUUCCACGACUGUCAGAAGGCGAUCCAAAGGAUCGAAAUGAUGGUUCGAGAGGCAAAGCAACAGGGCGGAGUAAGCAACAGCGAUGAAAUGAUGGCGAAGAAUAUUCAGAUAUCGCUCGCUGCGCGGGUUCAAGAGUCAAGUGCUCGGUUCAGAAAGAAACAGAGCACAUACUUGAAGAAACUCCGUGGGCUAGAGGGCAUAUCCUCGCCAUUUGAAAAUGGACCUUCCUCUGCUCAGAACCCAUAUACCGACCCGUCUCUCAUGGAAUCCGACGCAGACAAGUCAUUUUCGCAAUCGACGCUUAUGCAAACCUCGCAACGACAGAUCGGACAGAACGACACCGUUAUCGCGCAGCGAGAACGUGAAAUCAACGAUAUUGCAAAAGGAAUCAUCGAACUGUCUGACAUCUUUCGAGAGCUUCAGACAAUGAUUAUUGACCAGGGGACUAUGCUAGACCGAAUAGACUACAAUGUGGAACGCAUGACUACGGAGGUCAAGGCAGCUGAAAAGGAGCUCAAAGUGGCGACGGGCUAUCAAAAGCGCACCACAAAACGGAAAAUCCUGCUCCUGCUCCUUUUGCUAAUAGCAGGCAUGAUCAUUGUCCUUCUCGUGAAGCCAAAGCGACACGAUUCAGCCUCCCAACCGUCAUCGGCGCCAGAAAGCCCCCCCGCAGCAGACAGUAACAACAACAACUUGCAGCGCAGGAUUGCCGUUGUCGGGGCGGGCCCGCGAAGGCGCCGACAUCGUACCUCUCUCAAUCGAUUCUCGAGAGACACCUGGAUCGAUCCGGAUAUAUAUUGA